UGAUUUUAGAUAUACAGUACUUUACAAUUUAGAGAAAUAUAUCAAAGAACAAUUAAAAAGCUUUGAAGGUUCCAAAAACAGUGUAAAAAAUGCUGAUGACGUAAUCAACAUAAUUCAAAAAAUAAAAAAAGAAAAAACAGACACAUUGAUAAGUUUAGAUGUGAAAAAUAUGUAUCCGAACAUAAAAUGGGAAUUAAUAAAAAACAGCCUUACACAAUUAAAAAUUAAUCAAGCAUUACUAGAACUUAUAGAAUUUGCAUAUAAAAGAAAUUAUUUUGAAGUAUAUAAUAAUUUUUACAGACAAACAGAUGGCGUUAGCAUGGGGUCAAAGAUGGGGCCAAAACUUGCAGAAUUAGUAAUGAAAGAUAUUGACAAUAAAAUCAUGAACAUUCCUGGGGUAAAAACUGCAAUGAGAUACGUGGAUGAUUACUUAUUAAUUUUUAAUAAUAAAAUAACAAAUGACAAAAUAAUUUUAAAUACAAUAAAUAGCAUAAACGAGGAUAUAAAAUUUGACAUAGAAUUAGAAAAACACAAUAAAAUUCAUUUUUUGGACAUAACUAUAACAAAAGAAAAAGAAAAAUAUUCAUUUGAAACUUAUAAAAAACCAUCCAAUGUAAACAAAACAAUCAGUUACUAUUCAUAUAUCCCAGAAAGUAUAAAAAAGAAUACAUAUAUAAUGGAAUUAAAAAAGAUAUAUACUAGAACUACCAGUAAAAAGAAACGCAAAACUGAAUUAAACGAAUUAGAUGAUAAAUUUAUUCUUAAUAGUUAUCCAAAAAUCCUUUUAAAAAACUGGCAUACACAAUACUACAAUAAUAGAUUUAUAACAAAAAAUAAGAAAGAUAAAAAUUACAAACCCUUCCCUUACAUAGCUGAUAUUUAUAAUAAUAGCUCUAAAUGCCUUAAAAAAGACAAUAUAAUUUUGGCCCCAUCUUUGACCAAUAAAAUUUCAAAUAAAAUCUCAAAUAAAUUAGGAAAAUACAAAACCAAUACUGAUAAAUUGAAAAAAACUGGAACUGUUUACAAAAUUAAUUGCAACUGUCAAAAUCCUAAAGAAUACAUAGGUGAAACGGGUCGAACUUUGGAAUUACGGAUAAAAGAACAUGAAGCUGCCAUACGGUUAAAACAUGAUAAUUCACCUUGGUAUAACCACAUCAAAAAUAGUAACUGCAAAAUAGAUAGAAAUAAUAUUAAAAUCCUACACUGUGAGAAAAAUAUAUAUAAACGUAAAUUCAAAGAACAUAUAGAAAUAAUGAAAUACAGUGGUAAUAAUUUAAUAAACAUUUCCAAUGGCAUGCAAAUCGACCAGCAAUGGUAUAACAUGAUAGGGGGCGCAACAAGUCAAUAGUUUAUAUUUCUAAGAUUAUACAUUGUCGUGUAAAUGAAAAUUUUAUUGUAUGUUGAACCUUUUUAAAGUUUAUACAACGUAUACUACUCUGUUAUUGUUGUGACACUUUUAAAGAAAAACAUUUGUGUAGCAUAAUGGUACGGAUUUCGAUGUAAAACACCCUUAAGAGAAAAUUAUAAAUUUGAAAACAUUGUAAAUUGAUAGUACAAGUACUGUAAAAAAGAUGAAAGAACAUGAGGGAAAUCUUAAGGUAUUAUAAAGUGUCUUUUUAUGUCUUGUAAGCAUUUUCUACUAUAAAGUUGUUUUGUGUAAAUUCAAUAUGAAUUUGUUUUGUAGCACUGAAGAGGGGCAGGAAAAUUAAACUUGCCCGAAAUGCAUAUGUGAAAAACAAUAA